AUGUUAAAUUAGAAUAAUUCUUAAAGUUUUCUAGCUCUUAAUAGAAGUUUAACAAACAAAAACGUACAAAAAUUUAUUCAUCAAGACUUAAAAAAACUUCGAUGAAAUAAAUAGAAUUUGAAUGAACUAUUAGAAGAGAUAAAAGAAUUUGCUUAAAUCUCUUUAUUAAAGAAUUAUUCUUUUGAAAAAAUUAAUGAAGUCGAUUAAAAUUCAAUGGAAAUGAUUAAUGAAACUUAUUAAUUAAAAAAGUUAGAAAGAGAAUAAAAUUAAUCAUAAAAUAGCAGUAGAAUUUUACCAAAUGUUCUUAGUAAACAAAAAUCUGAGGAAUCUUUGGGGGAAUUAAAAGAUGUAAACAUAUUAACAAGUAUUACUAAAAUAAAUUUAACUUUAAAUGAUAACAAAAUUAUUAGUGAUCAAAUUAUAAAAAUAAGAGAAACUUCUUAAACUCAACGAAAUCUAAAUUCGAUAAGAAUUAUUUAAUAACAUUCUAAAACAUAACCAAGAUUUAAGUGUCUAACUAAAAAAUUGAAGUUAAAAAAGAUAAAAUCAAUAUUGAAUUAAAUAAGUUACCUUUAAUUUGACAAAAAUAUUAUAACAUUUAACAAGAAAAGGCAUAAGAAAAAUAUAUGUAUAGAGAAUCUAAUUGAUAAUAUGAAAAAUGAAAAUACAAUCUUAAACAAAGAUAAAUACUUAAUUAAUUGUAAAUUAUGA